UCCUCCAUUUUUCUGUCCGUUUCUCAUCUCUCCCAUCAACAAUGGUCCAUAUCUUCUCCUCCUCCUUCUUCUUCUUCAUCUCCCAACUGUCCCUCUCUUUCUUCCAUCUAACAACAAACAAACAAAUUUCAUUCAAAGUUCUGUUUUUAUUCCUUCUCCCAUUCUUCUUCUUCUUGUCCUUUUUCCCACAGAUUUCCUCAGCUGCUUCUUCAAAUCCAUUCACACCCAAAGCUUCUUUGGUUCGUUACUGGAAAACCCAUGUCUCCACCGACCUCCCAACCCCUGAUUUUUUCCUCUCCAAAGCCUCCCCUCUCUCCUCCGUCGAUGCCGCUGUCCUCGCUACCCAUGCCGCCGGAGCCUCAUUAUCUUCUCGUUUGGAGUCGUUUUGUUAUUCUGCUAAUUUGUUCUGUUCCUUUGAUUCCCAAUCGGAAAUUUCUGUUCCGCGUUUCAAGGACGCAGAUUUUAAACUCUAUGGCAACAAGAAUUUCGCGAACUAUGGUGGGAACCGACUCGGUGGUACUGACUCGUUCAAGAAUUAUUCCGAUGGGUUGAACACGGCGGAGCAUUCGUUUAAACGAUAUGGUGGGAACUCGAGUAAUCAUAAGGAAGGAUUCACGAGCUAUGCGGAGGAUGGUAAUGUCGCGAACUCUAAUUUUGUUAGUUAUGGUGCUGAGUCAAAGAGCGGUUCUGGUGGGUUCACGAACUAUGAUAAACUCGUUAAUGUACCGAAUCUCCGAUUCACGGCUUACGAUUUGAACUCGAGAAGUCAUAAGCUCACGUUCACGAGUUAUGGGAACGAGACGAAUUCAGGGAGUCAAUCGUUUACGAGCUAUGGAAAGAACGGCAAUGGCGUUCCGCAGGAUUUCAGUAGCUACUCUGAUGGUUCAAAUAUUCUCACAUCGACAUUCACUGGCUACGGCGAGUCAGGGAAGACGGCGAACGAUUCGUUCAAGGAAUACGGUGUCUCCGGCAACAACCCACAUACGAAUUUCAAGAACUACGGCAAGGGCGGAAACUCGGAGAUCGAUACAUUCUCGAAUUACAGAAAUGGAGCGAACGUCGGAGAUGAUAGUUUUCAGUCGUACGCGAAGAAUUCGAAUUCCGGGAGAGUGAACUUUGCGAAUUACGGAAAAUCCUUCAACCAUGGAAACGAUUCAUUCACAGAAUAUGGAAAAGGAUCGAUCGGGAAAACGACAGUGGGAUUCAAAAGCUACAGUAUUGAUCGGAACUUCACGACGUACGCAAAGAACGGCGUGUCGUUUUCGGAAUACAGUAAUUUCACGACGGCGACGGGGAGUGGCAUUCAUGUAAAUAGUCACGUAGAACCGGGCAAAUUCUUUAGAGAGUCUGAAUUGAAGCAGGGGAAUGUCAUGGUGAUGCCGGACAUUAGAGACAAAAUGCCACCGAGAUCAUUCCUUCCGAGGGCUAUCUUGGUAAAUCUACCCUUCUCUUCCUCAAGAAUCUCCGAAGCCAAGGAAAUGUUCCACGCACGAGAUGGUUCCACAAUGGAAUCAGUAAUAACCAACGCGCUAGCGGAGUGCGAGCGUGCACCGAGCCGUGGCGAGACGAAGCGGUGCGUGGGUUCAGCUGAGGACAUGAUAGACUUCGCCACGACGGUGUUGGGGCGGCGCGUUGUGGUGAGGACGACAGCGAAUGUGAAUGGGUCAAAGGAGAAGGUGGAGAUCGGGAGAGUCAAAGGAAUCAACGGUGGGAAUUUGACUCGAUCGGUAUCAUGCCAUCAGAGUUUGUACCCUUACUUACUCUAUUACUGCCACUCAGUACCAAAGGUCCGUAUUUACGAAGCUGAUAUCUUGAGAGUGGAAACGAAGGAAAAGAUCAAUCGUGGGGUUGCCAUCUGUCACAUUGACACGUCAUCGUGGGGUCCAGAGCACGGUGCAUUCGUGGCACUUGGUUCGAGUCCGGGUCAAAUAGAAGUCUGCCAUUGGAUAUUCGAGAACGACAUGUCGUGGAGUGUUGCUGAUUGAGUGGAUUUUAUUUUUAUUUUGCUAAUAUUAUUGUUACCAUGGUUUAUUUUAAUUUAAUUCAAUGUUUUUAAUUUGGGUAGGUUUAGUCAAAAUUAGAGGGUUUUUUUUUUCCUUUUUUUUUUCUUGGGUCUGACACAAAAGAGAAAUAGUAAAAGGAAAAAGAAAAGAGACAAAAAAAAGUGGUGUUGUUUGAGAGUAUGUGGUGGGCAGAGUGGUGAGUCCAGGCUUUUUUAGUACAUUCAGAGUAAAAAUCACCCUCAAAAUUAUUUUUAAUUA